CUGAGGUCAGCAUAUUCCAGCCACCUAAAAGACUUUAUCCAGUGAAACACUUUCUGCGCACACGAACUCACAAUGUCCAACAUCAUUGAGCUUGCAGUGUCUGUAGAUAAAAGUGAUGAGAGUAAGCUUCGUGCAGAGGACUUCAUGAAAAUUGAUGUUAAUCUGAAUGAAGGAGUCCAAGGAAACGCCAUCUACCUUUGGUACAAAACGGGUGACUGUGCAGCCAUCACCAGGAUUCAAUUUUCAUUCAAUAAAGAGAUGGCAAAGGGCCUGAUCUCUGCUGGCUUCCACAAGAUUGACAAAAACCUCAACUCUGGAUCGCGUGGAGAUGAGAUCUACCUGUGGUACAAAAAAGGCACCACAGACUAUGAUGUUCCCAUCCAGAAGCUUGAUGUCACUACGGAAUGGCCAGAUGAAGCUCAGAAGUUUAAAAAUGGCUGGGAGAAACUGGCCUUUGACCUGAACCAUGGUGCUGGAGGAAAGCCAGUCUACCUGUGGGUGGAGAGAGUGAAGCCAACGUACAUCUGUGACAUUGAUGCCAGGCCUGCCUCUAAUGUAGAUGGUGACUUAUUCAACCAAGGUUACAUCCGAAUGGAUGAAAACAACACAGGGGGAAAAGUCUUCAUCUGGUACCGUCAGACCACUGACCCUGAGCGGGCCAUCAAAGAUCUGGAACUCUCCGUCAACAAGGAUGAGUAUGACAGCUAUCAAAAUCAAAGCUAUACACCAGUGAACCAGGAUCUACAAGAGGGAAGCCAACCUAACGAGGUGUUCCUGUGGUACAAGAAAGACGACUGCUCCAAAAGCCCCAUCAAGAUCAUCACUGUGAUCAGCAAAAACGCUAAGGAGCUGUACCAGAAGGUUGGAAUGGAGGUCAUUGAAAAGCCCUUCCUCAGAGGCAGCUGUGCCUGUGAUAGCAGUUACCUGUGCUUCCUCCACUGAGAGUAGUCGUGGUAACGGAGCUGAAAGCAAGGAAUCAAAGUUGUUCCUGUUUAAUGGGUUUGGUGAUGGUUUUUCUUUCCUUUCUGAAAUGAUCUUCAAUCACUAAGAGCUUUGACUCCACCAACGAUCAUUGAUCUCACAAUCAAUCAAUCUGUUUGACUCUGUAUGACUUUAUUCUAAUCAUUGUCUCUGUUUCAAUAAAGUCUCUUGAGCAUCUGAAAUA